AUGAUUAAAUUUAAAGGUCGAAGCAGUUUGAAGCAAUACAUGCCAGCCAAACCUAUAAAACGCGGUUAUAAGUGUUGGGUUCGGGCAGAUUCCUCAAGCUAUGUAUGUGAAUUUCAGAUAUAUACAGGCAAAACGGACGGAACUGAAAAACAAUUAGGUGCGCGAAUCGUCAAAGAUCUAACACGCGAAAUCGUGGGGGGUAACCAUCAUGUUUAUUUCGACAAUUUUUUCACGGGUGUUGAUCUUCUGAUUUCGUUGAAAAAUGAUCACAUUUUUGCCUGCGGAACUGUACGUUCCAAUCGUUCAGGCUUGCCAAGAAACAAACAAAUUGCAGACAAAAAAAUGCGUCACGAAGAAAGUAUGUUUACGACAUCUAACACAGGCCUGCGGUUCAUCAAAUGGAUGGAUAAGAAAGUUGUUACUUCCUUGUCCAACUACCACGAUCCAUGCGAGGAAACAACUGUAACUCGUAAGCAAAAAGAUGGUUCGAUAAAAGAAAUAAAUUCGCCAGUAAUGAGUACUGAUUAUAAUAAGCACAUGGGGUAUGUUGACAAUGCUGAUCGUCUAGUAUCAAGUUAUAAAAUUGAUCGGAAAUCUAAAAAAUGGUGGCACAGAAUAUUCUGGAACUUUGUAGACGUUGCUGUGGUCAAUGCAUUUAUUAUAUAUACAAAAAAGGGCUUCCAACCCCCUUUGUCGUUGAAAAAAUUCAAGCUUGCAUUGAUCGAUGAGUUAGUUGGAGGCAAAAUAAAAACUGAAAGAGGCAGAAAACGCCAAUCACUCGAGAUUUCUUCUUCAAAACCACAAGUGUCAAUUGAGAAAAGGCAUUCUGAAGCAUUACAUAUGCCUAUAUGCACUGAAAAUCAAAGACGCUGUGCCCUGUACAGCACAAAAAAGAAUGAAAUGCGAACUUCAUGGAUGUGUAAAUCUUGCAAUGUACCUCUCUGUUUAUCUUCAAAGAACAACUGCUUUCUAAAUUAUCAUUCAUAA